ACUAGCCAUUUCACAACAUCCACGCAGCGGAUCGGGGCCGUACAGAGCAGCAGCAGCAGCAGCAGCAGCAGCGGCGGCGGCGGUUCUUUUUGCCCCCGGGGCUUUUUUUUCUUUUCCUCCCCCGACCCGUCGACCAUAAACAACAAUUUGGAUCCACCGCGCAGGAUGAGGGCAAUUACUGGACUUAAUCUAUCAUAAUGUCUCCUUUUCCCGAUCGACUUGAUAGUCAAAUGAGUUCAGCAAUGGCUGGAGAGAUCUGAGUCCCCCCUCUCUCCUCUCCUCUCCUCUCUCCUCUCAUGAAGCCUAACUCCCCCAAACAGCACUUUGAUUUCCCUGAGAGGCUCAUCGGUGGACAUCAUGAACACAUCGGCGGGUUUUACGCUCAGAGAGCCGCUGGGUGCGUUUGAUUUCGGAUUACUGUGACGACUUGUUUGAAAAAGGGGGGAGAUAUUUUUUUUUUUUUUUUUUUCUGUUGGAGGAGUCGGCUUCCUCUCGCUCCUGUUCGCUGUCCUCCGGGUUCCUGCAGGACUCCAGAGCCGCGCAGAGCUCAUGCAGUCGCCAAGGGAGAGGAGUGAAGUGCGACCCCGAGCUGGAUGGAUGGUUAUGGGGAAAAGAGGAAGACCCUCGGCGCUUGACGUGUGCAGAGUCCUCGCCGUGUUUCUCUCACUCUUCCCCGCCGUGAGUCUGCAGUGCAAGAUCCUCAAGUGUAACUCCGAAUUUUGGGCGUCCACCUCAAACUCUGGGCCAGAGGAGGAGUUUUGCACAGCACUGCGAGCGUACAACAGCUGCGUACGCCGGACCGCUCGUACCUGCAGGGGUGACUUGGCGUACCACUCCGCCCAGCAUGGCAUAGAAGAUCUAAUGAGCCAGCACAACUGCUCCAAGGAGGGGCCGACAUCCCAGCCACGUGCCCGCACCCCGGUUCCUCCUCCUUCCCCUCCGCUCCUGCCUGACAGCCAGGAACGCUCUGAUGGACCGGAAGUGUGCCAUUAUGAGCGCAGUCUUCCACGCAACACAGCGCCGCCCAACUACACCCACUGUGGCUUCUUUGGAGAUCCACACCUCCGGACUUUUGGUGACGACUUCCAGACGUGUAAGGUGGAAGGAGCCUGGCCGCUCAUCCACAACAAGUACCUGUCUGUCCAGGUGACCAACACUCCCGUAGUGCCAGGUUCUCCAGCCACUGCCACAAGCAAGCUGACAAUCAUCUUUAAGAAUUUCCAGGAAUGUGUGGACCAGAAGAUGUACCAUGCAGAGACGGAUGAGUUGCCAGCUGCAUUCGCAGACGGAUCCAAGAACGGAGGGGAUCGGCACGGAGCGAACACUCUGCGCGUGGUGGAGAAGGUUCCCGGGCAGCACGUGGAGAUCCAGGCCAGGUAUAUUGGAACAACCAUAGUGGUGAGGCAGGUAGGCCGCUACUUGACCUUCGCCGUGCGGAUGCCGGAGGAAGUUGUGAACUCUGUGGAGGAAGGUGACGUCCAGGACUUGUACUUGUGUCUUCAUGGCUGUCCUGUCAACCAGCGCAUCGACUUCAGGAACUUCAGGGCUCGAGCAGCCGAGGCCCACAGCACUAGCAGAACCAGGGCUCAAGGCUUCACCUACCAGUCUGCCAAGGACAAGUGCAAAGAUCGGCUCCCAGUGGAGGAUCUUUACUUUCAGUCCUGCGUGUUUGAUCUGCUCUCCUCUGGAGACAUAAACUUCACCAUGGCAGCCUACUACGCCUUUGAGGAUGUAAAAAUGCUCCACUCAAACAGCAAGAGACACCACAUCUUUGAAAAUGUUAUCCGGAACAGCGCAGCACAGAAAGGCAAAGAUUUGCUUUCACUGUUCCUCCUCAACCUCCUCGCUGUCGUAUUGUGGAUUGAGUGCUGCACAGCUCAUCUAUAGUCCCUUUACAACAGUAUCCUCAUGGUGUAUCUGUCAGUGAGUGUUGUCGCUGUGUCGUUCAUUGGCUGCUGUCUUCUGCUCUGGUUCUGUGACGCGACCGGUGGCUUGCCAGUAGGCUCAUCCAAGCCGAGAGUCUCAUUUUAGUUGUUUUGUCAUGUCUUGACUUCAGCCGAAUGACAGGGCGGGUUUCACUGUGCUCUCCACCUCUCAUCACAUGUAUUUAGCUGCUUCGUAGGACUGGUCUUUGAAGAGAGCAGCGGUGAGAGAGCCCAGCCACUCCGGAGCUCAGGAUAUCCACCUGGGAUUAAAUCCCACAUUCUCACCGGGGCUGCAUGCCUAUGGGAAGCCGGACAAGAUGAUCUUUUGCAGAAAGAGGAGUUUGCUGAUCCUCCCCUCCCCUGAUCCCCUCAUUGGUGCCAAGCCAGUGAAGCUCUCUGUGGCUCAUGUGGCGAAGCGAGAGGACCUGACAGGGGCUUUUGUUAACCUAAGGCCAGAAGCAGCUCUAUGUUUGAUUAGUUUCCAGCUUUGGAAAAGCCUGAGCCUUUUUGGAGGAAGCACUCAGCCAAAAGGAUGUCAGAGCAGCGUCUCCAGUUGUCUGCUGUGGAGAUUAAUGGGUCAUAUUGUUAGGGUGUGUGUGUGUGUGCGUGAGUUAGUACAGUAUGUGUGCAGAAUUCAGCGUCUGUGGUUAAUUUUGUGUGUUUGUGGGUGCAGGAGUUCCCAGAAGUGAGAUAACAAACCUCCAAUGGGAGAAAUCUUUCCCAUGUCUUUAUGUUGCACCCAAAUCUUCAGAAAUAGAAAAGACAAGGCGCUCUCCAGUCUGCUAGAACAGACUCUACCAGCCAAGUAGUGAAUCCCCAAAAGGGAACCGAUAAAAAUAAUCUCGUUUCAUCUGUAUGUCAUUUUCAUUGUCCUCCAGCCUUUCUCUCUCCAUUGUUCGAGCUGAUGUGUUGAUUGGACAGCGUUUGUAUUUUAAGUCUGUAAUGUGAAUGUAGCUAACAAGAAAGCAAAAGAACAACCUUAGUUUAGGGCACUCGGAGUGUUUACAGAAUUUAGAUCAAAACCAAUCACGACACGUCUUUGAUAGCAUCUUGUGAAUUUCAACUCAUUUUAAGUCUGUUAUCACUAGCAGUGGUGUAUGGAGGACUGAAUCUGCCAAAAUCAAGACGUGCAUAAAUGAGUCAGUAAAUGAAUAAAUAUGCCAUUAAAGGGAUCAACAAUAAGUCAUUUUACAACACCCGCUUUGUCGACAGGAGUCUCUCUUCCCUGAGGAAAGAAGCUGCUCCGUAGACUCGUGGUAUGAAGCAGAAUUGCAACUCAAUUAUAGUAUAAUACAGACAUAAAUGGAGAAUUACAUUUAAAAAUGUAUAAAUGCAUUUUUAUUGAAUUAGAUCCAAACAAAUUGCAAUUAAUACAAAACCAAAUAAAAUAUAAAUAUACAUUUUCAUAAUGCAUUUUACAUGCAUUUUAAAUACUUUUGAUACAUGUAAUGGCAUAUUCAUUGAGACAUUUACUAAUUACUUUUUAUUUGUAUUUUAGAUGUUGCCAGUUUCGGGCCUCCAUAUCGCUGUAGUAACUGUAAGAACUAACCGUUAAGACGUCAUUUCCAGUCGGUUUUUAGCAAUUUCUAGACUACCAGUGUGCUGACCCGACUGUGGCUUAAAUGAUAAGCAUAUGUCUGUAGACGUGAUUUCAUGGCUUAAGUCAUUGCCAAAGAACAAGCCCUCGUGCCAACAUUUCCCCCAACAACUGAAUUUCCAUCUUUCAGUGUUAAAACAUUCGGGGGGGAUUCUUAAUUGUAUAUAACUUGUGUUUGUGUUGGAAUUUGUGGUUUUGCAGAAAAAUGACAGCUGACACACUAUAAAAGCAGCAUUUAGUUUCUGGUUUUUGCAGUCUCACCUUUUUGCUUUUUCUUGUGUUUCAUGAUAGCACUCCCCGCUAAGAGAACAUUUGAACUCUCUGCAGCUUGCAGUAUCUUGUAACGUGUAAGUCAUCCCUGUAGAUACUGUUGUUCUUCGGGCACAGUUUUAACGCUCAUUUAUCCUUUACACUGAAGUAUUUGGCAGAUCCUUACUACUGCUAUUUGGAACAUGUAUUGGUGCAACAGCAACAAAAAAAAUACAUACAAACAAAAUGAUUGUAAUGUUGAAUCUUGUGUUAAUAGAUGUAAUUUGUAUUGUGAGUUUUGCAGUAUACGGUUCUACACGUUUAAUGUGAGAUUGUACAUAUGUUUUGUGAGUUUGUUGAGUUUAAAUUUGUAUAUUACCAGUUGUGUUUUUGAAUUUAUCACAGUUUUUUGUACAUCAAAUGUUUUGGUGAAUGUGAACCUAUUUUUUUUCUUAUUUUGAAAAGGGAUUUUUGCAAAAACAUGAACACCACAGAACAUAAUCUUCUUUACUAAAUAUAGUAUACUCAGCCAGUUUUCGUGGAGGAAGUGGAAAAAAAACAAAAAGCUCACUUUGUUGUCAAUCAAAUCAAACUUCCUAAAUGCAGCCCACCUCAUUCAGAAAGGGAAUGUAGGAACGUGUUGUGGGGUGUUCAUGUUUUUGAGUUUCAAGCACUUUAUGUUUUUCUUUUUUCAUUUAGCUCUUAUGUUGGUUUGAAAUUCUGUCAGACUUGUACUGGUUCAAAAGAUUGAAAAAAAAAAAUAGCUGAAUGGGGAAAAAUGCCAGAAAGAUCAAACUGUGUUUGUAUGUAAAGCAAAUGUUGUGCCACACGCCAGCUGUUUAUAAUGUAAAUUAUUUAUUGAAUAAAAGAAAAUGUCUUGUUAA